AUGAAUUCUGGCUCGAGUUUUACAGAUGAUCUGGAUAUCGCACCAGAUUUUUUCGAAUACUUCAGUGCCACUCGGCGGCUGCUUGAUAUUGACAAAACCCUGUACUGCGUGUCAGCUUGGAACGAUAACGGCAAAGCGCACUUGAUUGAUUUGAGUCAACCAGAGCUGCUCUAUCGCAGCGAUUUCUUCCCUGGACUCGGAUGGAUGAUGACCAGGUAA